AUGCAUGGCCCAACAGAAUGUGAUUUAAAUAGACUACAAAAUUGUGCAAUUUCUUAUUUCCCUAAAAGACAUAUUGGUCUGGUUAUUUGUAUCCAAGGAUUGAAAAAUUUGGAGGAGGCUUACCAACGUUGUCUUUCCCGUCUUUCUCCCCGCACCCAGUUUAGACUGAAACAGUGUGCGCAAACACAAACGGGAGAAGUUUUAAAUUAUUAUUCUAUGUUGAAUACACAUAGAGCGGGUAUAAGAAUUUGGCCAACGGCUUAUAUUAAUGGAUAUUUUUUCGAUCGAAGCUAUCCUAUGGAGACAAAAAUAUGCGAACACACAGAUUGGUGCUAA